AUGCUAGGUCGCGCGCUGCUGCCUCUUGCGAGGCCGAGGACACUUACUCCUGCAAUAAGAAUAGCUCUUUCUACAGCCCAGAAAAGGUCGUACGCCAGAGAAAGGAAACCGAAAAUACAAAGCGAGCAGAAGCUUACCGCUUCGACUCCGGGGUCUCAAUGGCAGACCCAACCUUCCGCCGCAAAUAGUGUACCUGCGCAAAACAUUCCCUCCUCCAACAACUAUACAGAUACGCAGCCAGAAUUUGACACUUCCAAGAAGUCUUCCGGAGACGUUGCUCCACCUGCAGAAGAGCCGUCUCUUGUCAACGGCGGCCAAAGGAAAGAUCAAACAAGCAAUAUCACGCCAGAAGCAGAUGCAUUUGAGGAAGAACUAUCGAAUAGCAACAGAGACCCACAGCAACCUCUACCAGACCUGACGAAAGGCAUUCCAUCCACACUCGAUGCUGAACUCAAGCAGGCGCACUCGCGAGGACAUGAACCUCCGGCCAGCCUCAACACUACGGAUGACCCUGCUGAGCCCAUCCCGGGCAGCGGAGGUGGAGGUGGGGGCCGAGGCAGUGAUGGUCUUCCCAAAAAUGCUUAUAUCUCUUCUAACGAGCGGAAGAAGAACGCCCUGAUCAAGUAUACGUAUCUUGUGGUGGCUGGAGCAUUCGUUGGAUGGACAUUAUACCUUGGACGGAACUGGGAGUCAGAGGAAGAGGAAAAGAAGCACACAGAUGCGCCAUCUGGUUGGGGAUUGGGUCUGUUCUACAAUCGUGCUAGGGCACGUCUGGGCGCAACACUUAGUUAUUACAACGAACCAGCAUUCCCGAAACUUCUACCAGACGAAGAGGCAGAUCCGAACCUACGAGCACCUUUUACACUGGUUCUGAGUCUGGAGGACUUGUUAGUUCAUCAAGAAUGGACAAGGGAAAGCGGCUGGCGAAUUGCCAAACGCCCAGGCGUUGACUACUUCAUACGAUAUCUUAGCCAGUACUAUGAGUUGGUGUUGUUCACGAGUCAACCUAGUUUUAUUGGGGAUUCAGUGUUACGAAAACUUGAUCCUUACCGCAUUAUUAGGUGGCCACUCUUUAGAGAAGCAACGCUUUACAAGAAAGGCGAAUAUAUCAAGGAUCUCUCCUACUUGAAUCGCGAUCUCUCCAAAAUCAUCAUGAUCGACACUGUCCCGAGCCAUGCCAAACACCAACCGGAAAAUGCCAUUAUCCUCCCAAAAUGGACUGGCAACCCCAAUGACCAAACACUUGUUCAACUCAUACCGUUUCUUGAAUACGUCGCCACGAUGGGUUUCGAUGACGUACGCAAAGUCCUAAAGUCCUUUGAAGGCACCUACAUCCCCGCCGAGUUCGCCAAGCGCGAAAAGCUCCUACGAGAAAAGUUCGAAGCACGGCUAGCUGAGGAACGGAAGAAGAAGCCCAAGCGUAGUGUUGGUGGCAUCGCCUCGGUCUUUGGCGUCAAAGGUCAGCCAGCUCCGGAUGGCAUUGAUGCCAGUGCAUUAGCCGAAGGCGAAAUGCUAUGGGAUCAAAUCAGGAAAAGAGGCCAAAAGCAGUACGAGCUUAUCGACAAACAGAUCAGAGAGGAAGGUCAGAAAUGGCUGGAUGAUAUGGCUGCAGAAGAAAAGAAGCUUCAGGAGGAAUCGAUCAGCAGUAUGAAAGGAUCCUUCCUGGGAUUCUUUGGCGUGGGUGGCAGUGGCGGCGAGAAGAAAUGA